GGUGUGAAACAACAUGAAGGUGCUGAAUUUAACGACUGAGGAUUGGUGAACUACAGGCAAUUUAUUCCGAAUCUGCCAUAUAUUUUUAAGCUUAAUUUAAAAAAAAAAUAAUAAUUCAAAGUUUGAAUUCAAGCUGCCUCACGUGGCUGUAUUGCGCAACAGAGUCCAUAGCGUUGCAUUGUGUCGUCGGUUGAACGCACUAUUUUGAUAGAGAUUGUGGCUUUUGUACAUCCAGAAGAUCCCAAUUACAGCUACAAUCAACAGAGAUCCAGCAGCAGAGAUCAGCACUAUCAGAGACACAGAGCCUUCUGAAGACCCUGAUGGAAAGUGUGCUGUGAUGAUUAAGAGAAACAUUAAUAUGCAGCACAUCACGACUGCAGCAACAAUCAACAGAGAUCCAGCAGCAGAAAUCAGCAGAAUGUAAAACAAGGCUAGGCGCUGAUCUGUAAUGACAAAAACAGUCUGACUUCAAAUAUGACCGAGGGAUCUCAAAGUGGUUUAUUUUUCAGUGUAUCAGCUCACUGAAUAAUCUCUAAUAUUCAGCACUAUCAUACCUGUACAGAGUUCAGUAAUGUUGAGAUGUGUGGUCUGCUUGCUGAUGGGAUUGUUGAGCACACAGCUGUAGGUGUUUUUAUCCUGAUAUUCCACCUCCAGAGGUAGAGAGAGACUGAUGCUGAGAUCAGACACACUGAUGCUGGACAAUAAACUGUUUCCUUUGUACCAGGAGAGAGUCACAUGACCCACAUUCACCACUGAACACAACAAUGAACAAUUCUGCUGUGAUGAUGAUGAUGAAAGAUUUUGUGAAAAAUCUCUGGUAAUGACAGGAACAGGCAGAGAAGCUGGACAAUAUGAGAGACAGAAAAUAAAUAUACACAUUAUUUUCGGUGUAGUGUGUUUGCAGACAGUAACUGUUUCUGUGAUGUCAAGCUAUACAAUUAUUAAACAUUCCAAUUUGUAGUUAAAGCAUUAUUUAUAGUUUGCUAAAGCUCAAUCUAAAGCAGUGGUUCUUAAUCCUAAAUGCACUUUUAUUAAAUUAUCAGCUUUACAAAAUCUGCUUUUAAAUGAUUUGUAAUUAAUUACAUUUUUUUAUUUUUUUUUAUUUUUUUAAAGAAAACAAGGGAUGAGUCACAAUGAUUUUUUUGGUAACCAGCCUCAUAUGUGACAAAUGUUGUCAAAUAAGCUUAAGUUGUAUUGAACCUAAACAUUCCUUUAAUAAUAAUUAAAAAAAAAAAAAAAAUCUGAAUGACAGAAGAAAUAAUCUCUACUUACCAUAGACAGAAACACUUAAUGUUUUUGAUGACCAUUUUGCUCCAAUUAUCUGUAGUUGAUAGAGUCCAGCGUGUUCAGUUCUGGUGUUUGUGAUGGUCAGAGAUCCAGUUUGAUCGUCCAGCUUCAGUCUGUCUCUGAGUCUCCCAUCAGGACCAUCAAAUGUGGAGAAGAUUUGCUUCUUUUUUUUUUUUUUUUUUAGCUAUGAGAGCGUUUUCAGCUCCAAAUUUCCACAGAAUGUCGUCGUCUAAACGUAUUUCAGUAACAUCAGUGUUUAGAGUGACAGAAUCUCCCUCCAUUACUGACACUGACUCACCAAACACACCUGGAGAACAAACUGAAACAGAUUUCACACUUUUGUUUGUUUACAAAGCCUGAAGUCAGUUCUUUUUGUAACUAAAUAUGAACUGAGUAACAGCAGCAGUGAUGCAAAAGAAAAUGCAUGGACAACACAGAUUGUAUUAAUUUAAUCUUUAAGGUGUUAUCUGCUUGUAACUUCACAUUUAUUUUGAGUUACAGGCCAAGUUCAGUACAGCUGAGUAAAACAAGUGCAGAGUUUAAUGGAUAUUUUCCGUAGUUUCAUUUUAAAUCAGGCUUACUGAGAGAGACCUGAAAAGAGAUCUGAAUCCAGAGUAGAUCUCACAAUAUUAUUUGGUUUAUUUGAUUGAACAGCAAAUGAAAAUCCUCUAACAAAAGCAGCAGGUUUAUUACUCUGAAACUGAAAGAAAUUAAAUAACUUUUAUAACUUAGUCAGACAGCACAAGCAGAGCAAAACAAACAUGUGAAACAUUUUCUUCAGCAGUUCACUGUCUGUUCUAAUAAGACCAUCUGCUGAAAACACUCAAGCUGUUCGUCUGCUUCAUGAAUCCUCCCACAGCAGAGUUCGACCCUAAUGACUCACUCUGUAUGUGUUGGGGUCUAUAGUUACAUAUAAAUAUGGCUCUUAUUAAGACAUUAAUUGUUCAUAAUUGUUGAAAACAUUCAUUUUUAUCAACAUUGAUGGUUUUUAAAAGGAACUACUCAUUGUUAAAUAUGUAACAGAAGAGUAUAAUAUUGUGUGAAAUUUAUAAUAGUGAUCUAUCUAAAUUUAAUACUAAAUAAACUUAUGGCUUUUAAAAUGGUUUUUAUAAUCAUUCAAUGAUUCAUGUCUCACAUUGCUAGUCUAACUUACUGUGGUGUGUCUGUAGUGUGUCACACCAAACCGGCUUUGGUCUGAUUUCUACAGAAAAAUAAAUAAAUGGUUUAAACUCUCGGUGGACAAAUAGUUCGUAGAUGAGAGUGGCUAUUUGUUUAAUAUGUGUUUGUUUCUUAGCUGAAGGGCUUCUUUCUGUCCUGUUGUUUGUUAUAAUCCUUACAGUCUGACUUCCUGUCUAUAUAAAACUGCUUUGCCAUGAAAGUACUGAAUCAAUCAAUCAAAACUGAUGUAUGAAGCAGUUAAAGAAGAGUCACAGGUCAGAGGUGUUUUAAACUUGUAACAGGGUUAUAGUUGUAACUGGGUCAGAUUUGGUUUGUGGUCUGCGUAGUCUUUGCCACAGAUGUCAUGACCAUGCCUGAACAUCUGAGUUCAUGGUAAUAUGCCUUCAGAUUACAAGUCCGACUCUCUAACCCAGGGAUCCUCAAAUCUGGCUUGAGAGAUCCACUUUCCUGCAGAGUUUAGCUCUAACCCUAAUCAAACACACCUGAGCAUGCUAAUCAAUGUCUUCAGGAUCAUUAGAAAAUCACAGGUAGAUGAGUUUGAUCAGGGUUGGAUCUAAAUGUCUGUUCUAACAAUUAUGCCAUAUAUAUAUAUAUAUAUAUAUAUAUAUAUAUCGAUCCCACGACCUUUGGGUUACAAGUCUGAUUCUCUAACCAUUAGGCCACAACUGCCCCCAAUAUAGUGUGUCUGUAGUCUAGGUACAGGCAGGGAUUGUAGGUGGGAGACUACCAUGACCCUUAAGCAAGGCACCAAACCCGAACUACUCCCCUGGCGCCGCAGUAAAAAAAUGGCUGCCCGCUGCUCCGGGUGUGUAUAUGUGUUUGUUGACUACACACUUCUGUGUGUGCGCGCACUUGGAUGGGUGAAUGAGAUAUAUAUAUAUACAUAUAUAUAUAUACUGUCAAACCAAGCGGCAACCUCCUUGUCUCUGUCUUGAAACCAACACGUAAGUGACUUAAACUGCAAUUCAUCGACUGGCCGCUAGAGGCUGGCUGCACAAGGUAGUCAAUCCAUAGACUCCCCAUGUUAAAAUGCCCAAAUUUACAGCAGAAAAAAAAAAUGUUUACAGCCUGGUACAAAAAGUGGUUUUGAUCUAUAUAGCUAAUUGUGCCCUUCAUGACAACUGUGAGGGGGGUGAAUAUUUUCAUAACUCAUCCGUUUAAAUUAUAUUAAGCCUUAAAGUUCUGCAUAAUUAAGGGCGUGUCCACUUGAGCGACAGGUGGAUUGCAGCUGCUGUCACCACCGUUGCGUCAAACCAAAAAAAUAUUCUAAAAUUUUUUACUAGUGGGUGCAGCGCACUAUAGUUCAUUUAUGUAAGUGAGGAUAGCAAAAUAAAGUAAACUGUGACACAUACCCAAAAAUUCUUCAUACAGUGGACUACCAGUAAAAUUGAUAAAAAAAAAAAAAAAAAAAUUGGGACCAAAUUUGAUUUGACACUUUGAACUCACCAUGUUUUGUUACAUAACCUUUCUAUCAAAGUUAUCUGACAUUAUCAAGAUGAAUUUGUUCUGAAAGUUUAACUCUUGAGUUCCUGUCAUACCAUUUUUCUAAACUAUAGCAAAUAAACUGAUAAUGUGAGAAAUUUUGAAGGUGUCUGAAUAAAUUUUGGUUUGACUGUAAUUCAUUUGUGAUCAAGAUUAAUUUGUUCUGACACGGUUUACAUUUUUGUCAUAUUUCAUUACAAUUUUCUAAUCAACUAUAGCAAAAACCUGUGAUAAUGUGAGAAAUGUUGAAGGUGUCUGAAUAAAUUUUGGUUUAUUGCACAAAAAUGCAGUUAAGCACAAAAAACAAGAACACUAUUUUCUUAAAAUGAAAAGGAUGUUAAAGAUGUAUGUGUGUUUAUUUGACAGGAAGUGCCAUUAGAGCAAAUGCGAUUGACUCAUAACAGCCAGAAUCUGUGAGUUUGUUAAAAAAUAUAUUUGAGUUUGUUAUCAGAAAUAACUGAACUAAGGUAACAUUGAAUAAUUUAAUGAUUGUCUUUAUAAAUUACUCAAUGGUCCACCCCUGCAAAAAACACAUAGUAAAUAUAAUAUUAAAAACUCAAGAGAGGACACUUUAAAUCUACACCCCACAACACCAGCAAUUGUAAAAAAAAAAAAAAAAAAAAGGUAUUUGUGAGCAUGUAAGAAGACCAUUUGAAGUGCUGGUCCUUACAGAUACAUAUUCUUGAUUUAUUAUUAUUUUAUUUUGUUCUCUCCACAAGAGGGUGGAUAUUUCUUUUUUAUCCACCAUCUGCUGAGGUACUGGUGAGCUGCCCCCAAGUGGUCAGCUGAUGUGAAUUACUUCAGAUGAUUAUUUUAUUUUUCUGUAGAGCUGUUUUGAUAGUGUCCCGUUAACUAAUUUUCUCACUUUUGAAGCUUCUUUUUCAACAUUGAAUUUGUUGAAUCUGUAAACCAUUCAAACAUGCUAAAACCUUAAGGUGUUUUAUUUUAUAUGUGAAUAUUCUCUGUAAAACAACUUUGAAAUUAUAUUUAUUGUGAUAAAAUGCUAUGUAAAUAAAUUUGAGCACUUCUAUUCGUGUUUAUACAUUAACUAAUAAAUGGCAAAUAUGUUUUUAUAUAAAUUGUUUUUAAUACAGUUACAAUAUAAAUUCCAAAUAUUCAUUUCUGGAAACAACAUAUACAUUAUUAUCAAAUAAAGUGUGUAAAUCAUGACAAUGAAUGACUACAACUUAAAGAAGCUCUUAGAAUUAUUCAGUUAAUCCGCUUUCACUGAAAAAUGUGUUAAAUAAAGAUGCAAGAGUGUUCAACAUACUAUUUAAAUAUAUAUAGACCCUUUUUCUGUUAGUAAACAUUGUGACGUUUUUCUGUGGGCGGGGCUUAGGUGGAGGCAGAAAGAUUCCCCUGACCGCUUAAAGCUAGCUAUGCAGUUUGUUAGCUUGUUUUCUUAACAAUGACUGGAGAAAAUCCGAUUUUACCUAAGGUCACUCACUGUGCAGAACCAUGAUUGUUAUUUGAAUAAGUUAACUUUAAUGGACAAAAUCAGAUUGGCCGACCCUAUGCUCAAAGGAUGGACGAUCUGACAGGAUUACCUCCGACUGAGUGACUCGAGUUGCAUAUAACCUUAGAGAAACCUAACGAGUAGUAAAGAGAAACUCGCCUGUGUCUAUCUAGUCAUGAAGAUGUAUAUAUUUCAAUUUCAGCGGGCAACUAUUUUUUUACAGCUAAGUUAACGUUGACGUGAGAGUGAACUGGGCCACAAUACAAAAAGUAAGAUAAACAUUCAAUAUAUUACUUGAAGAUGAAUGUAUCAUGUAAUGGCCAAAUAGUUAUUUUAAAGUAUACAUCCUGUAAAUUAUGUAAAUUAAUUUACGGUGACAUUACAGUAUACCUUAACAAUACUUUACAUACAGCCUACAUAAAGGAAGAUGUGAAUUUUCUCUAGAAAUAAAAAUUCCAGAAACUAAUUUUGAACUUUCUGUAUUUGAUUAUUCUUUCUUACCAAGUUCUUAGAAAUUCCAGCCACUAUCAAUCACAACAAGGUAUAUUACAGAUGAUUAAGCAUAUAAAUCGUCAGUUUGUUGUUUUACACACAAGCACAUGACAUUAUUUCAUACACGACGUCGUGAGAUGCAUAAGAAAUCUUUAGACACGUAACACAAAAUAAUCCAUAACAACAAAAGACAAUACUUUAUUUAACCUUUCCUGAGAAGUGUGCGCUGCAAACGCGAGCAUUUCUGACGAUAGUUUCUGUCCAGUCUGCUCACUUUAUCUCGUUUAACCAAAGCUGUCGUCGGCUUUUAGUGGUAGCAGAUAUGCGAUAAAAUUUCAAAUUGGAGCCUGUACUACGUCGAUUCUGGCACCCAACAUCACAACAAUAUGAUAUUUUAAGCUCCUUAUGUAGCCGAAUCUGCGCUGGUUUGAAUGGGCCGCCUCCAGUUCUCCCUUUGUUUUGCCGCCAGCUAGCGCGGUGACGUAAUCGUGACGUAAUCGUGACGUCGGCGCAAAAAGGGUCUAUAUCUCUCCCUCAACGUCAGUGCACUCCAUCCCAGUAGGUGGCGGAAUAUGCACCUAAAGCUGUUUGCCAACCGCCACACACCAAAGAAGAAAAUCGCCAGCAGAAGCGGGGCAUUUAAAUGUGAAUCCGAUUUUUAAAAUUUAUCAUUAUUUUGUAAAAAAAAAUGAAGCUUGCUGUGUUGUUUGUACUCGCACAUGGUGUUUCCAGUGUUGGUGCUGAUGGACUGUCAGCAUUUGUGAUGGAUGGAGAUUCAGUCACUCUACGCACUGAUGUUAAAACAAACCAUCGAGAAUAUAUAAAAUGGUAUUUUAAUGACACCAGAAUCGCUCAAAUGACUGGCGAUCUCAGUUAUAUCUGUACAGAUGUUCAGUGUAAUAAAGGCACUGAGAGAUUCAGAGGCAGACUGAAGCUGGAUCAUCAGACUGGAUCUCUGACCGUCACAGACACCAGAAACAUUGACUCUGGAGUUUAUAAACUACGGAUCACCAUCAGCAGCAACAUCAAUGAAAAGAUCUUCAUUGUUGCUGUAUAUGAUGUUCCUGCUGCUGAACGAGAUGAAAUGAAGAGAAAGUCAGUGAAGGAGGGAGAAUCUGUCACUUUAGAUCCUGGUGUCAUGAAAAACACAAAUGAUUUGAUGACGUGGCAUUUUAAUGACCUCUGCAUCGCUGAAAUCAGUGAAGAACCCAGAAAGAUCUGCACAGAUGUUCAGUGUAAAGAUGGCGAUGAGAGAUUCAGAAACAGACUGAGACUGGAUCAACAGACCGGAUCUCUGACCAUCAUGAACAUCACAAUCACAGACUCUGGAGUUUAUGAGCUAAAGAUCAUCAACAGCAGUUUCAGCAUCAUUAGGAGCUUCAGUGUUACCGUCACUGGUUCAGGUCUGUCUUUGGCUGCUGAAUAUGUGCUGCUGCUGUUGGAGUUCUGCUGCUAGUGACUGUAACUCUUUGUUUACUGUACCGUCCAGUAGUAAGGAAAGGUGAGCAUUACAUUUAGCGAUGGGAAGUCUGAUUCUUUUCUGGGAACUGGUUCUUUCAGACCAUCUGUUUCCAUAACCUGAUGUAAAAAAAGAUCACAAAAAAGGUUAUUUUUUAAUACUUUUUUAUUUUUAAUUUUUUUUGCAGUGCACUGAGAGUGUUUAUUAUGUUCCAUGCCUUUAUGCAUAUAAUGUGGGUUGUGUUUGAAUGAUGAAAACACCGGGGCCUGGUUUCGCAGACAGGGUUUAGACUAAACUAGAAUAUAGUUCAAUCAGGACAUUUAAGUCAUUUUUAUAAACAUAGAAAAAAAGCAUUACUGGUGUGCAUCUUGAGACAAAACAAAGGCACUGAUAUAUUUUAAAAUCAGUCAGAGCAAGUUUAUUUCAGUUGAAACACCUCAGAUUUACAUUUUAGUCUAGGACUAGGCUUAAGCCUUGUCUGUGAAACCAGGGGCUAAUCUUUGAAACGUGAAAAGGAAUCGCAGUGAAACAAUGACAUUUUUGUUUGGUAUGUGCUCAGAAUCUGUGAAGACAACACUUUUUAAAGCAUACUGUACCCCUAUGUAUACUGCCCAUUUGUGGCGGCAUUAUAGAAAGCGCAGCAUGCAGAGACUUAAUGUAGCUUAUAAUGAUGGUAUGCGAUUGCUGCUUAAGGUGCCACGAUGGAGCAGUGCAAGACAAAUGUUUGUCAGUGCUGGUGUGCCUACCUGCGCUGCUGUGAUGCGUAAUCUCAUGUAUGUAUGUGUAGAUUAUCAGAAUCUGUAAAUAGUAUAAUUUUAACACUGACGAAUUUGGCACUAAGUUCAGUCAGGCUUUUUUCAAAUAUGUGGAAUCAUUGGCGUUUUAGUAAAUAUGACGCAUGUAAAUAUGUGAUAUUGUGGAUUCUGUAUAUUUGUAAGUUGUUAUUGUCGUGUCUUUGUUUGGUCCGAGUGUGUCCUUAAUAAAGUUUUGAUGUGAUAUGGUCUUUGCGAACAAAAUAUUUUAUGAAGUGCUGCUGAUUAGUUUAGCUCACGGCCAAAUUUUCAUUUUCAUUUUUUUUUUUUUUUGUGUGUAUUUAUGAAUCAUCUGAUCUUGUAUUUUUGUACA